AUGUCUUCUUUUUCCUCUGCUUCACUUACACUCUCCCUCUUCUUCUUUGCUUCUACAUUCCUCAAUGCCCACGCAUUCAACAUCACACGCAUUUUAAACCUGAACAAUGAGUUCUCCACUUUCAACAACCUCCUCUCCCAAACCGGACUCGCUUCCACCAUCAACUCCCGUCAAACCAUAACCGUCCUCGCCCUUUCCAACGACGCAAUGUCCUUAUUCUCCGACCAAUCAACCGAAGACAACAAGAAAAGCCUUAGCCUCCACAUCGUCUUAGACUACUACGACAUCAAGAAACUCAAGAGUCUCAACAAAAAAUCAGUAAUACUCACCACUCUCUUCCAAUCAAGCGGUCAAGCCAAAGGCCAACAAGGGUUCAUAAACGCAACCGUUAUGAACAACGGUGACGUCAUGUUUGGAUCUGCGGUUCGUGGAUCUCUCCUUGACUCUAAGCUUAUAGACUCUGUUGCCACACAUCCAUAUAACAUCUCGGUGCUUCAUAUUAGUAGUUACAUACCUAUAAUGAAUCCUGAAGGUCCUUCUGAUCAUGGUUCAUCAUCUACACCACUUCCUCCACAACCUCCUAAUGAUGAUGAUUAUACAAUUGACGAGCCACCAUCCCCACCUUCCUCUACUACUAAGCCUUUUGUUGCUGCUGCUACUGCUGCUACUGCUAAGCCACCUUCUGCUGCAAAAGCCAACUCAACAACAAGUGGAGUUUCAGCGAUUAAUGCGCCUGACUUGGCGUUUGCGUUUGUGAUCUCAUCCUUUUGGUUCUUCACGACGGUCUAGUGAAUAACAGAGUGCAAGAAUGAAAUAAACCAGAUCAGCUUUCUGAAAGCCAGAAAAAAAGUGGAGAUGGGCAGCACAGCUUUCAAGUUUUUACACCCAAAACACAUAAGAGCACUUCAAGCUUCAUAAUUUCUAUGGAAUAAGGCAACAAAAUCCAAAGAACAAAUAAAGUGACUGAUGAUACAAUAAGGAUGGAGAAAGUUGUAAAACUCAAAAUUUUCUUUAUUUGGAAGCUGUGAAUGAUUUGAAAUGUAAACAAUAAAGAAUAU